CCCCAAAUAUCGAUCAGGAACACUCAUCAAUUCAAUUUAGCGUACCAAUUUCUUUCUACCUUUACUAUAACGAAGAAUUUCAACCAAUCCAAAAUGGUUGUUUUUCACAUAUUAAUAUCAAUGAUAUUAUGCUUGAUAACUCUGGUGAAGCCCCAAAUGUCGAACAAGAACACUCAUCAAUUCAAUUUAGCGUACCCAUUCCUUUAUAUCCUGGCUAUAACUAUAACGAAGAAUUUCAAUCAAUCCAAAAUGGUUGCUUUUUGCAUACUAAUACCAAUGAUAUUAUACUAGAUAACUUUGAUGAAGCUCCAAAUAUCGAACAGGAAUACUCAUUAACUCAAUUUAGCGUACCCAUUCCUUUUUAUCCUGGCUAUAAUUAUAACGAAGAAUUAUAA